UUGCAGAGAGGCGUUUGUUUUAAAAACCUGACGAGCACUGUUAAUUAUAAAACAGUCUAACUGGCGGAGAGAGGGAGGGAAAUUUUUUGGUGGGAAACAUAGAGGAUUUUAUCCUCGGAACUCGCUUGUUUGCCCAAAAAAGUUCCGCCAAAAAUGGCGGCACUUCAUCUUAUCCGUCCAUGCUCAUCGUGGAUCCCUUCCAAACCCUUCGUCAAAAAAUCACGACCGUCCACUCGUGCUAGAAUCGCUUGUUACGCUUCCCAGCAUUCUUACAAGUGGAAGCGGGAGUACACGAGCGUGAUGAUAGUCCCGACGGGCGUGGGCGCCGCAAUCGGUGGAUUCGCCGGGGAUGCUUUGCCUGUUGCUCGCUCCGUAUCCUCUGUCGUUGAUUGCCUCAUCACACACCCCAAUGUGCUUAAUGCAGCGAUGCUGUAUUGGCCUAUGCCCAAUGUACUAUACGUUGAAGGUCAUGCUCUUGACCGAUUUGCAGAAGGGUUAUGGGCUCUUCAGCCUGUUCAUCAAAAUAAGGUGGGACUGGUCCUUGAUGCUGGAAUAGAGGAAGAGCUUCGAAUUCGCCAUUUGCAAGCCGCUGAUGCUACCAGGGCUUCUCUUGGAUUGCCUCUUGUGGAAUAUAUUGUCACUGACAUCCCUUUGGAGGUGGAAAAGUGGGUUGAUGCCAGAACUGGGAAAUCAACUGGGAGAAUUAAGCACCCUGGUUCACUGCUCCAAGCUGUGCGAACUUUAAUUCACCGGGCACAUGUGGAUGCUGUUGCAGUUGUUGCACGAUUUCCAGAUGACGAUGUUGAUGACCUUGAUGAUUAUCGACAAGGGAGGGGAAUAGAUAUAUUGGCAGGGGUAGAGGCUGUUAUAAGUCAUCUAGUGGUGAAGGAGUUUCAGAUCCCUUGUGCCCAUGCUCCUGCUUUAGCGUCCUUUCCCUUGACUAAAGCCCUUAGCCCAAAAUCUGCUGCUGAGGAGAUAGGAUACACGUUUCUGCCUUGUGUACUUGCGGGGCUAAGUAAAGCACCACGAUACUCGGUUAAGAACUCCGAAACCAAAGAUAAUGGUUGCAUAACAUCGAGUGAUGUUGAUAGUGUGAUUCUUCCUAUCAAUGCCUGUGGAGGAGAUGGUGCUGUUGCAUUUGCAAGAAGCAAAAUAAACAAGCCCCUCAUAAUUUGUGUAGAGGAAAAUGAAACAGUUCUCACCGAUACACCAGAUAAAUUUGGGAUUGAAGCGGUCAAGGUCAUCAAAAUUAAUAGGAAAAAGAGGAGGCAACAUUAA